AUGUCCGCAAUAGACUCAGAGUCGGACUAUUUUGACGAUGACUUUGUCGUCCCCGACCCUCCGGGGAUCGCGUCACCUCGCCCAGCAAAACGCCGUCGCGUCCAACCGCCGACACCCUGGGAAGAUGACGAUCGCGAUAGCGCUUCCCGGACUGACUCUUUCUCGGACAUAGACGAAGAUAUCCCACGUUAUCGUGACCUGUCUACAGAUCACGAUCAACAAGCGCGAUCCAAGUCACGUAGCUUCGUGCCCAAACAAAGCAAUUUCCAAGAUAACAUCUUCGUCACUCAACUCACCCAACCCGACUCAAGCCCUGAACGAAUACGCGGCCCUCGAUGGAAGAAACCGGCUCCUGAGUCGGCCUUGUCCGAGAUUUUGUGUCCGCCGCAGGUGAACGGGAUCAAUGGCACAACCGGGCAAGCCAAUAAUAAUAAUUACUACGACGACGAGGAAGGUCUGAGAGCUGCUCUGGCUGCUUCGCUGGAUGCAUUCGAGGAGGAGAAGACCAUGCAUGGAGCGGCAAAUUCGACUUUGUUACAACGUGAUGUUUUGCAACGACCGCAGCCUGCCAAGGAGGGCGGCAGGACCACCUCGAUGGACACCUCAAUGGAGGCCUCGUUUGAGCUGGAGGACAUCCCUGAGGACGCGUUCGAUUCCUCUCCAUCGUUGUCACCGGUAUCACGCCCGGCACAUCUGGCAAUCCACCAGUCAAGCUUUUCGCGACCCUCAAACAGACCUCAAUACAUGCGACAAAUGACUCUCUAUGGCAUGGCUGCACAGAACCAGGAAACCAUACCCCGGGAACAAGAUUGCAUGCCACCAGAGAAAGAGGAGCGUCCGACCCACCACAAGUUAAACCAGGACUCAUUGAAUACAUGGUGGUACCCCACCAAUUUGGGAACCAUUCGUGAUUAUCAGUUCAACAUUGCCCAAAAGGGCCUGUUCCACAACGUGCUUGUCGCCUUGCCGACUGGGCUGGGAAAGACCUUCAUUGCCGCAACAGUCAUGCUCAACUGGUUUCGAUGGACGAAAGAUGCACAGAUGGUCUUUGUGGCGCCGACAAAACCCCUCGUCUCGCAGCAAGUGUCGGCAUGCCUGGAUAUUGCGGGUAUCCCACGAUCACAGACAACAAUGCUUACAGGAGGUGCUGCGCCUGGAAUUCGUGCAGAAGAGUGGCAGGCCAAGCGGGUGUUCUUUAUGACACCGCAGACCCUAAUCAAUGAUCUGAAGACCGGAAUUGCAGACCCCAAGCGAAUUGUGUUGCUAGUUGUUGACGAAGCGCACCGUGCUACUGGAGGUUACGCUUACGUGGAAGUGGUGAAAUUUUUGCGACGUUACAACCAGAGCUUCCGAGUCCUGGCACUGACAGCCACUCCCGGUUCCACAGUGGAAUCAGUGCAAGCUGUCAUUGAUGGACUUGACAUAUCACGAGUCGAGAUCCGCACCGAAAAUUCCAUCGAUAUUCGCGAAUAUGUACAUGCCCGCGAUAUCGAAAUUGAGACGUUUGAGAACUCGGAUGAGAUGAUCUUUUGCAUGGAUCUCUUGUCCACCACAUUACGGCCGCUGGUCGGCCAACUUCGAACUUUGAACGCUUACUGGGGAAACGAUCCGAUGAGUCUAACUGCGUUCGGUCUCACCAAGGCAAGGCAACAGUGGAUGGGGUCCGACGCGGGCCGCAAUGCCAAUUUCGGGCUGAAGGGCAAGGUUAAUGCGAUCUUCACCGUUCUUGCCAGUCUGGCCCAUGCCAUUGACUUGCUGAAAUAUCACGGAAUCGUACCGUUCUACCGCCACAUUCUGCAUUUCAAAUCCAAUACCGAUGGACAGAAGGGAGGGAAAUGGCAGAAGCAAGUCGUGCAAGAUGAGAGUUUCAAAAAGCUCCUUAGCCAUCUUGAUCCUUGGACCAAGAACCCGGAAUUCAUUGGACAUCCUAAACUCGAGUAUCUCAAGUCCGUGAUUUUGAACCACUUCAUGGAUGCGGGUGAGGGAAAGGAAACUGCGGAUAGUAACGGUCGACCCGCUACAAGAGUCAUGAUUUUCGUGCAUUUCCGUGAUAGCGCUGAAGAAGUGACAAGAGUCCUCCAGCGCUAUGCACCUAUGAUUAGACCGCAUGUCUUCGUGGGCCAGAGCUCCGCCAAAGGCUCAGAAGGAAUGGACCAGAAGACCCAGCUGCAAAUCAUUGAAAAGUUCAAGGGAGGAACUUACAACACUAUUGUUGCCACGUCGAUUGGUGAAGAAGGUUUGGAUAUCGGUGAGGUCGAUCUCAUCGUUUGUUACGACUCGUCUGCAUCGCCAAUUCGCAUGCUGCAACGAAUGGGCCGAACGGGCCGCAAAAGAGCAGGCAGGAUUACUUUGUUGCUGAUGAAGGGCAAGGAGGAGGACAACUACACGAAAGCCAAAGACAAUUACGAAAAGAUGCAGCAGAUGAUCGCCAGCGGGACUCGGUUUACUUUCCACGAAGAUCGGUCUGCUCGCAUUCUGCCUGCAGGGAUUCGUCCAGUGGCUGACAAGCGGCGAAUCGAUAUUCCUCCAGAAAAUUCCCAGCAAGAGCUACCCGAGCCAAAGCGAAAGGGAAGAGCGCCCAAGCGGCCCCCAAAGAAAUUUCACAUGCCUGACGAUGUCGAGACGGGGUUUACUCGGGCUUCGACCCUCGAGGAGAGCUUCGCCAAGAUAAAAAGGAAGACGACGCCCAAGAAGCGACCUCGCACACCCACGCCGGAGCCAGUAGAUGUACCGCUCUUGGAGGAGGUCUUUCUAUCCGCAAGCGAGCAACGGGAGCUGGAGCAUCACUACCAGAACAUUGGCGAUACCUCGCCGCAAUUCAUUCGCUUCCCGCGCAAUGAUGCAUUUCCGCACUUGCAACUCGUUGCCAGACCUACUAAGACUGUCAAUCAUGGCUCUCUCACCCGACGCAUGAUCACAGCCCUGCAAAAUAUGGACAAGUCUGGUCCUGACUGUGAAGAUCGAUAUAGGCAGAUCUUGGCAUGGGAGUCUGAGAAAGCUGCUAAUAACACCGGUCGGCGCCCAGGUGCUACUGUGAAACAGCCACGUAACCACAAAGGAACGAGGCCAUCGAAGAAUUCUGGGCCUCGCCGAUCUUCGGCAUCGGUAGCUCCUGACUUUGAAGACGACCUCGGAAUCUCGGCAUUGAUGUCGCCCAAUCUUUCCGACCCUGAACCCAAACCACAGCAACUGCCUUCCAGACCAAUGGAAAGUGAAUUCGACGACGGCUCCGACUUCGAUCUUCCAGAUGCAAGUUUCCUCUUUGAACCGAAACCCAAGCCCCAUCCCCAACCCCGGAGAACAAACCGGGCGAUUCUCUCUGACAGUGAUGAUUGA